UAUAUCAGUUUUGGCCGCAUCUUUGCAAUGGUAACCACUCAGCGGACCAAGGAGAUUUGCCAAAUUAUUCGGCUGAAGUCAACGCAGGUGUUCCUGGUGGCCGGAACAUGUUUGGUAACGGUAAUGGUCACACUGCUCUGCAUUAGCUUUAUGACCAGGUACGAGGUAGAGAACGAGGUGGCCAACGUGGCGGAUGUGGAUUAUUGGAGGGAUAAGGUGGCGCCCUCGCAGAAAAUCUGGUACGAUAAAGGCAUUGAUGAGCUCAACGAAGCACUUAGGCCAAUGGAUUCGACGUAUCCUAGAAGCGUGAGGAUAUUUGUGGUUCAGGGAAUCGAUGGACGUGACUUGGCUGCUUUUCGAUUUCCAACUAAAGAUAGUCAAGGCAGUAGCAACUUUGUUUGGGAUCACUUUCCCCACUUGGCUCGCUUGGAAAACAGCUGUAGUCAACAGGUUCCCUGUCAAGUGGCCAGUGUUUCCAGAACUCUUUGGUCGGGCAUACCUUUGGAUAAAGUUCCAGAAAGUCAGGAGGAUUGCGGAAGGGUAUUUAAUGCCACGCAAGCCCCGAUAAGCAUUCUUCGACAGGCUCAAUUGGCUGGCCUGCGAACUGGGUUUGUGACCACUCAAAGGCUUACAGGAUCCACAGGAGCGGCUUUGGGAAAUACAAAUGGCAACUUUGAAUGCGAUGAAAGGAUGCCUUUGAGCUCCAUAAGAUCCGGUUGCAAGGAUAUAGCCCAUCAGUUGAUGUCUGGUGAAACUGUUCAAGCUCUUAAUGUGCUCAUCGGUGGAGGCAGGCAAAUGCUGAGCAGUCUGGUGCCCAAGACCAAAUACGAUCCAGUGGAUGAGCUGCUCUGCGAGUCCAACGAUGGACGCAACCUGCUGAAGGAUUGGAGAACCCAAAAACUGAGGGAGAGCAAAGUCAAGCCAAUAGUAUUCGAUUUGAUUCAGCGAACCGAUGAGCUGGAGUCCCUAAAUGCAAGUAGUUUUGACUACUUAAUGGGUGUGAUGGCCAAUGGAGACUUGAGUGGCAAUUCAAAGGCCCCAAGUCUGACAUUAAUGGUGCAGAAGUCAUUGAAAGUGCUUAAUAAAUAUCAGCAAGGAUAUCUGCUCAUAGUUGAGCAAUUUAUAGCAUCCAACAUGAACAAAAGAGAGCAGUUGCAGCUUUUGAAUGAUACGUUGGCUAAUCUUCACGAGGCUCAGGACACUUUAACACUGCUCCUAAUGACCAAUGCCAUCUAUCCAAAAGCAAGCCUGGAUGUCAGCGAAGAAACUGAGGCAAUCAGCCUCCUUGCGGGGAUUUUUAAUGAGGCGGAAUCUGAGAUCCAAAAACGACUGCACCAAAUUCCAUCGGAAAGCUUACUUUUUGCACAGGGCCCCAAGUCCUCCAUUUUUCGCGGUGUCCGCAAGGAAACCUUCCUGGCACACGCAGUAUCGCAUGUCCUCAGCCGAAGUAGAACUCGACCUUAGCGCACUUUACAUAUGUAAAUGCAUAUUUAAAUAUAUUUA